UGGCCCGCGCCGGCCGCUGGGGCGGAUAAAACCCCGUCGCGCCGCGGGUGAGGGCCGGAGGGAGGAGACUGUGCCCGAGCGCCACAGGAGUAUGACGGGGCUGUACGAGCUGGUGUGGCGGGUGCUGCACUUGCUGUUCUGCCUGUACCGCACGCUCACCUCCUGGCUCCGCGUUCGCUUCGGCACAUGGAACUGGAUCUGGCGGCGCUGCUGUCGCGCCGCCUCCGCCGCGGUCCUAGCGCCGCUCGGCUUCACGCUCCGCAAGCUCCCGGCCGUCGGCAGGAACCGGCGUCAUCACCGGCACCCGCACCGGGGACCGGGACCGGCCGCCACCCACCCCCGGCUGCGCUGGCGCGCGGACGGCCGGUCCCUGCAGAAGCUGCCGGUGCACAUGGGCCUGGUGAUCACCGAGGAAGUGCAAGAACCCAGCUUCUCAGACAUCGCCAGCCUGGUGGUGUGGUGUAUGGCCGUGGGGAUCUCCUACAUUAGCGUCUACGACCACCAAGGUAUUUUCAAGAGAAAUAAUUCCAGAUUGAUGGAUGAAAUUUUAAAACAACAGCAGGAACUUUUGGGCCAAGAUUGUUCCAAAUACUCAGCAGAGUUUGCAAAUAGUAACGACAAAGACGAUCAAGUUUUAAAUUGCCCAUCGGCGGUGAAGGUGCUGUCCCCAGAAGACGGAAAAGCCGACAUUGUGCGAGCCGCCCAGGACUUUUGCCAGUCAGUAGCCCAGCAGCAGAGGAGGCCGACGGAGCUGGGUGUAGAGCUGCUCGACAGCUUACUGAGUUCACAUGGCUUCCCUGAUCCUGACUUAGUGUUGAAGUUUGGUCCUGUGGACAGCACGUUAGGCUUUCUUCCCUGGCAAAUCAGAUUGACUGAGAUCAUCUCUUUGCCUUCUCACUCAAACAUCAGCUAUGAGGACCUUUUCUCCGCCCUCCGGCAGUAUGCAGCUUGUGAACAGCGUCUGGGGAAGUAAUGGUCCCUGCUUGCAUAAUUUGACUUCAGGCUUUUGGAGAAAAGGACCCAAGUGACUGAUGUUUACAAAGUACCUAUAAAACUCUGUACACACCUAGUUCAUAUUCCUCAUAAUUUAUCAACAAACACAAAAAAGUGUCUUACUUGAGAGCAAAUGAGUGUGCGUGUGUGUGUAUGCGUGUGUGUGUGUGUGUGUGUGUGUAUGUGUGCGCGCGAGCGUGUGUGUGUGCGCGUGCGUGUGUGUGUGUGUGUAUGCGUGUGUGUGUGUGUGUGUGUGUAUGUGUGUGCGCGUGCGUGUGUGUGUGCGCGUGCGUGUGUAUGGAAUAAAUUUAUAAAUGGGGCACAUUGGCGAAUGGAGUACACAGUCUGGGGUUCAAGCGAGAGCUGCGGUGCGUGUCUUAGGAACUGAGAUUUCACGCAUAGAGGCUUCCGUUCCUGCUACUUCCCUGUUUGUCUGGGGAGUAGGGGGAGUAAGUAGGACUGAUUUAGUUGUCUGUGGUGGGUGGGGAUACUUUUUGUUCAGUCUUUUUUAGUGACCAAACUUUAAUUUUUAAGAAUAAUAUAUUGAUUGGCUUACUAAGGGGAAGUACUCUAAUCUUGAGUGGCAUUCAGAGGCUCUGGAUGUUCACAUGCUGAACAUUUGCUUACCCGCUGAGCAAAGAUUUCCUCAGAUUUCCGUCCAUUUCAUUUCUUUGUUCGAGUAAACAGUGUGACUUGAGAGGAUUGCUGUGGUGUCUGUUCUGGGCUAUAGGGAUCAUUUGAAAAAAAAAAUCUUGCAAUAUUUGAUGUACAGAAUAUAAGACAUUUAAAUAUUGAAUUAGACACUCAAAAACCAACAAAGUGAAUAAACAAUCAUCUAAAAGAUGGAAAAUCUCUUAAAGGACAGUUUUGAUUUCCUCCUUUGUGUAAAGAGUAGUGUGCUGGAUAGUACCCAAAGCAUUUAAGAAGCGUUUCCAUUAGCUUUUUAUUUAAAAAUGAACACUUGAGAGAAGUUACCACGGCAGCUCGCAUUCUGAAGUAACCGGCUCCUCUUGAGCGGCACCUGGGGUUCUCUCCUCCCAGUGAGUCUCAGCGACAACACUGUGAUGGUUAAAGGAUGGAGGCCUGCAUCGCCAAACUGGAAGCAUAAUUGAACCUGGUCUUCUGUGUUCUAGAGAACAGCACUGGCCCUGACAGGAUUGAAUUCUUGAUAAAUGGUUAAUGUUUUUUUCUUACACUGCUAAUCUCUGGAUGGAAACCAUUCUUUAUGGAUGGACAGUUUUCAGAAAACUUUUACCAACAGGUAUACAAGAGUCAUGAACAUUUAGAAUAAAGCAAUUUCAAUACUAGGCCUCAGACUUCUGAAAAAAAGAUAUCAAAGGAAAUGGGUUUGGAAUGUAUGGUCUGGAAUUGCUUGUCAGACUCUAAAGAAGAUGUGUUUCAGCUUUGGAUUACAAACCCCAUUUAUGAUUUUUAAAUAUACUUGAAAUAAAACGAUUAAAAUGAAUUUUGGUCCAGUGACAUUACUUUGCACUUCUUUUCUUUUGUACAAAAUUUUAAAGACUUAAUUUAUUGCCAAAAUGCUGUGUAAAUUUACAGUGUGUAAUCUAAAGGUUGUUAGAGAACUCCCCAGUUCUGUUCCUCUGUGCUGUGUGUGGUCUGUGUUCCUCUGGUUUUAUUCCUCUGGGGAUGGGGGAUGGGGCAGAGUGGUGUGUAUUUAAGGCAAUUUAAGGCCUUUUAUAAAUACAAUAGGUAUAAAUGUCCUUUAUAGACCUUCUGGGGUAUGCACAGCUUUAAUAAAUUAAAUUUACUGGACUCAAUUGAAAUAAGAGGACUCAAGGUUUGUUAUAAUGAAGUGUGUCAAAUUACCCUUUGGAAUAGAGCCAAAAUCCUAGAGUUGAGUUUUUAUACUUCCUUCCACACAACAAAACAGAUUCAUAGCCUAUGACCCAAGACUGUGGCCUUAGGGACAGUUGUUUAAGCAAGUCAAGUGUUCUGAACUUAUAUAUAGGCCUUCCAGAUCCUCUCACAGGAGGCCAACUACUAACGCAGUCUCUACACUUUGAAAAGCACUGAUCAGUCUUCAGUUCCUGCCAAAUCACCCCAAGUUAGCUAUCAUCAAAACUCUUUGUGCUCCCAAAAACUUCGUGUCCAUGUGUUUCAAAGGGCGUUCCCUUUAAAUCGUUUCCCUUGACAUGCUCCACAGUGACAAAGACACCAAGUCAAACUCACUCAGCAGAUGGCAUGGGGCAUGUGAAGAAAUGGAGGGAUUACCUUCCUUCUAAAGUCCGACUGUAGAUUGCUCCCUAAAACUGAACAGUUAUUGUUUGACGGUGAAAUGCUGAUCAUAAUGUGAAUAGCAGAUUCUGGCGUGUUGUGACUAAGGCUCGAGAAUGCCCGUUCUGACAAAAUGUUCCAAUAUUAACGAACAGUGCCAAACACACUGUGCAUAUCCAUGAGUUUCCAUCCGGAUGUAUGUUGAUUAGUUACUCCCUUCUGUGUGACGGUCCUAUGCUUAGAGUCAGUGAGGUCCUUGUAACGUUUGUUAUGCUUGUAGAUUUUGGCAACUUGUAAAUAAUGUGUAUAGCGAGUUUUUAUGAUUAAGGAAUCAAAUUUAUUGAAUUUUAUUAUUGAAAGUUGAAAUAAGAUGUAUGAACAAAAAAAAUCAAUAAAAGAAUAUACUCUUUUCACGGA